UCGAAAGCAUCCAACGUUCGUCCUUCGUUGUCAAUCGUUCUCGCGACCGUUUUAUCCGCCGGCUUCCGUUUUUCCGGUCACCGGAGAUAAGUUCCGAGCAGCAGCUCGCCGUAGAGAAUCAUCUCUCUGUACAAACCUCACAAUGCUACACCAGCGACCACCGCCAUUUUCAGUUCUAGCUGCAUUUUCGCUGUGUUGCUCCUCUGCUUUAGUUUCCUUCUCCCAUGGCGAUUCUCAGACUCCGUUCUCUCAAAUGCCUCCCAUCUCAGGGUGGAGAAAUGAUGAGUAUUAUAACGGUGGAGGGCUCGGGUUGGGAAGUCCGAUGGGGUCUAUUGCGGAAGGGCCCAUAACGGAGCCUGUGGAGCACUCAUUUUUUGUGUUGGCAGCUGAAAGAACUCGUAGGAAAGAUCCUCUCAGUGGCUUUCAAGUCUACUCCGGCGGCUGGAAUAUUAGUGACCGCCAUUAUUGGGCUUCUGUUGGGUUCACUGCAGUUCCUUUGUUUGCUGUUGCUGCAGCCUGGCUCUUGGGUUUUGGGAUUUGCUUAUUGAUCAUCUCUCUUUGUUACUUCUGUUGCGGAAUGCAGUCGUAUGGCUAUUCUCGAACGGCUUAUACUCUUUCACUUUUUUUCCUCAUAAUGUUCUCCAUUGCAGCAAUCAUUGGAUGUGUAAUUUUAUACAUUGGCCAAGGAAGGUUUCAUAAUAGUACAUCAGAAACAUUGGAAUAUGUCAUAGAUCAGGCAGAUUUGACUGCUCAAAAGCUCCGCGACGUAUCUGAUUAUUUUGCUGCAGCCAAGCAGACUGGAGUGGAUCAAGUUUUUCUGCCCUCUGAUGUUCAAACCGACAUCGACCAGAUUGAGACGAAGAUAAACUCUUCUGCUAGUAUUCUUGCUGACAAAUCUGUGCACAACUCAAAUGACAUUAAAGAUCUCCUUGAUUCUAUUCGUCUGGCACUUAUAAUUGUCGCAGCUAUUAUGCUUCUAUUGACAUUUCUCGGAUUCUUAUUCUCCAUGUUCGGUAUGCAACUUCUUGUCUACAUCCUGGUGAUUACUGGUUGGUUACUUGUCACUGGGACGUUCAUCUUAUCGGGCACAUUUCUUAUUCUCCACAACGCGGCUGCAGAUACUUGCAUUGCAAUGGAUGAAUGGGUCCAGAAUCCUGCGGCGCAUACGGCCUUAGAUGACGUUCUUCCUUGUGUGGAUAAAGAGACUGCCCAAGAGACACUGGUAAAAAGCAAGGAAGUGAGUGCUAAACUUGUCGAUCUGGUGAACGAGGUGAUCACGAACGUCUCCAACAUAAAUUUUUCGCCGAACUUCAAACCAAUGUACUUUAACCAAUCUGGUCCCAUUUUGCCAACACUAUGCAACCCGUUUCACCCGGACUUGACACCCAGAACUUGUUCUUCUGGCGAAGUAGACUUGCAAAAUGCCACACAAGUAUGGGGCGGUUAUGUCUGCCAAGUUUCACCUACUGGUGAUAAUAUAUGCAUCACGACGGGGCGGUUGACUCCGAGUUUGUACAACCAGAUGGCGAGUGGAGUAAAUUUAAGCAACGCACUGUCGAAUUACGGUCCUACUUUGGUUGAGCUCCAAGACUGUUCGUUUGUACGACAGACAUUCAAUGAAAUACAUAGAAACUAUUGUCCUGGUCUACAACAAUACAGCAGAUGGGUCUAUGUCGGAUUAUCAACUAUCUCCAUUGCUGUUAUGCUCUCUCUGAUUCUAUGGAUUAUAUACGGUCGAGAACGGCGCCAUCGCGCUUAUACAAAUGGCUUGAUUACUAAACCAACUGGGGAAGAGUUGGAGGGGAACAAAGAAUCUUGAGAACUAGGUAUCAAAGAAUGAGAGAUCAGGACUAUUAGACUGUGUUGUGUUCUGCUGUUUCUGAUUCAGCCAUUGAAUCCAGGAAAUAUGGAAUGAACUCGAAGGACCUGUAGGAACCGGUACGGUUAGAUGACGUUUCGGAAACAAGUCGACGAAAGGUAGGUUAUCAUAUAGUUUCAAGUUUGCAUAUGUGACAACUGGAGUAUAUGGAGUAAUAGUAGUAUAGCUUUGCUUGUUGAUUAAUUUUACUGAAAUAAAAAGCAGUUUUUUUUACUACAAAUGUUUGGGGUAGGA